UCAGACAUCCUCCGUGGCUGGGCUUGCUGGUGUCUGCACCAUGAGAAACGAAUAUCCAAGGUUGCCGGCAGGACUCUUGGUGCUGCUGCCGUUGACACUGGGAGUUGCAGCCGGGACAGCCUCUGCCUCCACAGACUGUGCUCUCUGGUGCCCUCUGAACUCCAAAUGUGUCAAUGCCACCGCCUGUCGCUGUUCUCCGGGAUUCAAUUCUUCAUCUGGGGAGAUCUUCACCAGCUCCUCAGAGAUAUGUAAUGACAUCAUCGAGUGUGGACCACCCCCCGUAGUGUCCUGUGGAAAAUUCGCAGACUGCAAGAACACGGAGGGGAGCUACUACUGCACAUGCAACCCAGGAUACGAGCCUGUUUCUGGGGCAAAAACAUUCAGAAAUGAGAGUGAGAACACGUGUCAAGACAUAGACGAAUGUCAGCUGUACCCCAGAAUCUGUAAGGGCCGCAGCAUCUGUGUCAACACUGCAGGCAGCUACACCUGCGAGUGCCCACCUGGCUUCGAGUUCAACCAGCAGCACCCAAACCUGUGCAAAGAUGUGAAUGAAUGUACUUCGAAGCCAAAACCAUGCCACAAAUCCACCCACUGCCUCAACAGUGUGGGCGGUUAUAAUUGCCGCUGCCGCCCUGGCUGGAAGCCAAUGCCCGGGUCCCCCAAUGGCCCAAGCACCACCAUCUGCGAAGAGGUGGAUGAGUGUCAUUCUGGGCAUCAGUGUGGCAACUCCACCUGCUGUGUCAACACUAGGGGCUCAUGCACAUGCCACUGCCUCCGAGGCUAGGCGCCCAAACCCGGAUUCCUGAGUAAACAAAGGACCACCCAAUGUGAAGUCUCAGCAGUGAUCUCCUUCCCCACAUGGACACCGCCCCAUGGAAUCAAGAGCCAGAUGCUCUCCCACUUCUUUGAAAGAAUCCAGGAUCUGGGCAGAAACUUCACGUUUACCUCGGCCCAGGACACCAUCCAGGGCGUCAUACAGGUGGUGGAUGAUCUACUGGAGAGCCCCGGAGACCUGGUGACCCUGCCCCGCUCAGAGCAGCACUGUGUGGCCACCAGCCUGCUGGUUGGCCAGGAGCAGGUCCUGAGAUCGCUGAGCAAGGCCCUGCCGGGUGGGCCAUUGACCUUUAAUACAGCUGGAGGCACAGAGCUAUCCCUGGAGGUGCAGGUGCAAGGACGCAGGAAUGUCACAUUGAGUCAGAAUCAGGCAAAGAUGCUGGUGAACUGGGACGUGGUGCAGGGAUCUGGUGAUGCAGGCCCUUCUGUCGUGGGCCUUGUCUCCAUCCCGGGGAUGGGCAAGUUGCUGGCUGAGGCCCCGCUGGUCCUGGACACUGAGAAGCAGGCAGUUCUGCAGGAGACACACAAGGACUUGCGGCCGGGAGUCUCCCCCGUCCUGCUCUCAGAUGUCGUCUCAGCCUUUCUGAGCAAUAAUAACACCCAGAACCUCAGCUCCCCAGUCACCUUCAUCUUCCAACAUUCAGUGACCCCUGGGCCAAGGGAGGAGGUAUUCUGUGUCUUCUGGGAACAUGGCCAGAACGGAAGUGGUUAUUGGUCGACCAAAGGCUGCUGGAUCGUGGGCACCAGAGACGAUAGCACCACCUGUCAAUGUACCCACCUCAGCAGCUUUGCCGUCCUCAUGGCUCUGUAUGAUUUGCAGGAGGAGGAUCCCGCCCUGGCUGUGAUCACCUACCUGGGGCUGAGCCUGUCUCUGCUGUGCCUCCUCCUGGCGGCCCUCACCUUCCUGCUGUGCAAAGCCAUCCAGAACACCAGCACCUCGCUCCACCUGCAGCUCUCACUCUGCCUCUUCCUGGCCCACCUGCUCUUCCUCACGGCCAUCGACAGAACUGAGCCCAAGGUGCUGUGCGCCACCAUCGCGGGUGCCUUACACUACCUCUACCUGGCGUCCUUCACCUGGAUGCUGCUGGACGGCCUGCACCUCUUCCUCACUGCACGCAACCUGACGGUGGUCAACUACUCCAGUGUGAGCAGGUUCAUGAAGAAGUUCAUGUUCCCUGUGGGCUACGGAGUCCCGGCUGUGAUCGUGGCCAUUUCCGCAGCGUCCGGGCCUCACCUUUAUGGGACACCCACCCGAUGCUGGCUCCAUACACACAAAGGAUUUAUAUGGACCUUCCUUGGCCCUGUCUGCACCAUCUUCUCUAUUAAUUUGGCUUUCUUUCUGAUGACCUUCUGGAUUCUGAAAAACAAGCUCUCCUCACUCAACAGCGAUGUGUCCACCCUCCAGAAUACGAGGAUGCUGACAUUUAAAGCGACAGCUCAGCUCUUCAUCUUGGGCUGCACCUGGUGUCUGGGCAUCCUGCAGGUGGGCCCAGCUGCCCGCGCCAUGGCCUACCUCUUCACCAUCAUCAACAGCCUGCAGGGCGUCUUCAUCUUCCUGGUGUACUGUGUCCUCAGCCAGCAGGUCCGGGAGCAAUACAGGAAAUGGUUGAAAGCAGUCAAGAAAACCAAAGCCGAGUCUGAGAAGUACACCCUUUCCAGCAGGGCCACGUCUGAUGACUCCCACCCUAGCAUGGAUAAUUAAAUUAACAACUAAACCAGAUGAUCUUGUCUCCUGGAAAAUGAGGACAAUUGUGACAUCUUGUGGUCAAAGAGUAGAGAAAAUACUGAUUCGUGUUUGUUACAAGUAACUCUUCAUGGCACCAUUGUGGGAGAAAGUAUGCAGUAAAUGUUUGACGUUCAGUUGCUGGAGACUUGGGGUUUUCUGGUCCAUACAGCAGGCUCAUCUCACUCCAAGCACAGUCGAAGAGCUAUGACCCAAUUCCCCAGCUGCCUUUUUCUACAAAGAUGUUCCUCAAGUUGAAUACUCAUAUAUAACAAGGAAAACCAUCCUCAAAGGACUUUCUUAAAACAGCAUAAGAGAGGAAAGUAACGUUUAGUCAAAUACGUUUAUUUGGUCUCGCUACCUACAUGCCUUGACUUCGUCACUCUCCGUUUUUAAAGUCUUAACUGUUUUUUAUUACUGACCAUGUGUUACACACAUAUUAAGACUGAUCCAAUUCUUGAUUUCAUGGAGCUUAUAUGUAAAAAAAGUGUUUCCUCAGUUAGAAUAAAAUCAGAAGCUUGUGAAUAGAGUCUCUACAUCCUUACAUUUUAUAAGCUGAGCUGUGAAAAGGUGUAUCUUGCUACUGUACAUUUGUAUUAUUUCGUCCUCACCAUGUGAUCUAGGCAAAGUCUAAAUCUGGAGCAGUUAUGCCUGCAAGACAUUUCUGUGGGCUCCCAUUGGCCACAUUUGUAUAAUUUGAACAUCAUCAGAAAUGACUGUAAGGAUUAUUACAUAUUAAAUAAAAAAGAUCCCUGAGUCUAUCACGAUACCUAAAAAUAUCAGCCAAUAGUUGUAAAAGACAUGAUAAAAUAAGAAAAAUCAUGUUUUUUCAAUAUCCAGUAAAUGGCUACUAAAACAUAAGGUGAAAAAGGUUGUUGGAGAAUGGGCUGGUCCCAGAGUGUCAAAAAAUCACCUCACAGAUUACUGUUAAUUGCAAGAGCCAAAGUAUACAUUUACAAUGUGGAGAUCUGGCAGUCACCAUCUGAACUUAAUGAUCAGGCUAAUUGUGAAUAGUGGGCAACCUGACAUUAUAUAUCUCCUGAUAAGACACAAAGUUACAGCACCAUGUUUGUGGUAAACAAAGAAUUAUUGACAUAAUAUCUACCUUCCAGGGUUAUUAUGAGCAUUAAAUGAGUUAAUACAUGUAAAAGGCUUAGAACAGUGUUUCCUGGUGCGUGGUAAACACCCAUUAAAUGUUAGCUAUUGGUAUUGGUGUGCCUGGAAGGCUUUUUGUGUGCUGGCCAAAUGUUAGUUGUGUUGCUAAUUACAUAUUACAUAAACUGAUGAAAUUCGAGUAUAAAAAGAGUUUCAUGAAAACUAAGUUUAGUUCUUUGGAAAGAACAAAUAACAUUGAUUUGCUAAAAAGUUGCCACCAAAUCACUUAAGGGCAAAACAGCAUGAAAAAUGGGGAAAAUUUGUAAAACUAUAAGGAAUCUGUGUUCCAUGUGCUUUUCAGAUGACUAACUUUCACGCUACAGUUGACCCUUGAACAACAUGAGUUUGAAUUGAGCGGGUCCACUUAUACGUGGACUUUUUUUCAAUAAAUACUUGACUAUGCAUUGAUCUGUGCCAUUUUAUAUAGGGCACUUGAGCUUCCAAGGAGUUUGGUAUCUACGGGAGGUCCUAGCACCAAUCCCCCAUGGAUACCAGGGACAAGUAAGUUUUGGGGGAGUCGAAAGUUAUAUGUGGAUUUCAACUGCCUGGGGUGUGGUGGCCUCCUCUAACCCCUGUGUUAUUCAAGAGUAAACUGUAAUUAAAUGGAAAUCAGAAAUUGUAGAUGUUGAAUUGUGAGCAUGUAUUUUGCAAUAAAGACAUUUGCAUCUCCAGUCAGUGGGCCAAAG